AUGCUCAUAAACCCAGAUAACAACCCACACCAGCACUUACUCCCGAGACAAAGAUUUCAACAAACAAGCACAAACAACGCGACGGCGAACAGACACAAGCGACGCCUGGCCGACAGCGGCUCGGCGGUGGCACACCCGGGGCUCGGCUGUGGCACACCCCGGGGCUCGGCGGUGGCACACCCGGGGCUUGGCGGUGGCACACCCCGGGGGGCGGCGGUGGCACACUCGGGGCUCGGCGUUUGGCCUGGAAGAACUACCAGGCCUCGCAAACGCCCUAGAAAUUUCCUGGCUCUGAAGAUGGAGAAGACGCGCGAGGACCUCCUCCGGAACGUGGACUGCAACGUGGACUGCCAGCACAAGUCGCGCAACCCGGUCUGCGGGACCAACGGCCGGACCUACGAGUCGAGGUGCGACCUCGAGCGCGACAUCUGCAAGAAGGUCAAGGUGCAGCUCAAGCACGACGGCGAGUGUUCACUGACGGAGAAGUGCAUGGACGAGAGGAGGGCGAAGCAAGAGCAGGUGAACCGAGGCGAGAUGGUGUACGUGCCCACCUGCGAGCAAGAUGGCUCCUACUCGCCCGUCCAGUGCCACAACUUCACCUUCUACUGCUGGUGUUCCCUCGAGGACGGAAACCCCAUCCCAGAGACGUUCACGAAAGAUGAAAUACCUAAGUGUUUAGGAGAGCACCCGGUCGCCGCGACGAAGCCCCCAUCUGAAGGCAAGUGGAGCGUGGCGGCAGAGCAAGGUGUUCAUGCGUUCGAAACCCUGCUGUCCCUCUCGACGGCGCUUCCCAACUUCCUUCCGCCCAGAAACGGUCCCAAGCGGUGUUCUGGCAGGAAGAAGAAAUUGUUCCUGAAAAACCUGACUACCCUCCUGGUGAAAGGCUACAGGAGGCAUAGGAAUCCUCGUGGGCGUUCCUCGAGGUCGAUGGAGCGGCUGCGAGAGACGGCCGUCAGGUGGAAGUUCUCCGUCCUCGACACGGACAGCGACAACAUGCUGAAGCGCGAAGAGUACCGAGACAUCUGCAAAACGAUCCGGAACUUCGUGAGGCCCCGGAAAUGCGCGAAACUUUUCCCGCGCUUCUGUGACAUCGAUAACAAUGGCCGAAUCUCCAGGGUCGAGUGGGUCGACUGCUUCAGUGAGUAA